CAACCUUAACACGAUAGCAAAUCGAAGAGACCCAAACCACCUUUCUGCGAGAUUUCGAUAUUCUUCUCCAGAUACUCGACUCUGACUCCACUCAUAAAUUUUUCAUCACUUUCUCGAGAAAGAAAACCUACACUUCGCCAAGAAAAAAGGAAAUGUCGCACAGCGACACAAUCCCUCUUCAUGCGUCCUCUCAGUCCGACAUCGAUGAGAUCGAGAACCUAAUAAACGCCAGCGUUCAAUCUGGCCCAGCAACAGUCCUCCCGGCUCGCCCGCCAAGCCCGCCGCGAAUCCCCGUCUCUUCCUCUCCAUUCAUCCCGUCGAAUCUCCCUCCACCUCCUAAAACCGGCCAGAAGCCGUCGUCUGGACCUUCUGCUCCCACGGCCCCACCUCCACCGCCUGUCAACUCUGUAUCGAAUAUUGGCGCCUCCGGAUUCGGCUCGGCUCCGAAUACGUUAACAGAGCCUGUCUGGGAUACCGUCAAGAGAGAUCUGUCAAGGAUCGUCAGUAAUUUGAAGCUGGUCGUGUUUCCAAAUCCCUUUAGAGAAGAUCCAGGAAAGGCUUUGAGGGAUUGGGACCUGUGGGGCCCAUUUUUCUUCAUCGUGUUUUUGGGGCUUACUCUUUCAUGGUCUGCUUCGGUGAAGAAGUCUGAGGUUUUUGCUGUUGCCUUUGCGCUACUAGCAGCUGGUGCUGUAAUCUUGACAUUGAAUGUGUUGCUACUGGGUGGACACAUAAUAUUCUUCCAAAGUCUGAGCCUUCUAGGUUAUUGUCUCUUCCCUCUUGACGUUGGAGCCCUAAUCUGUAUGUUGAAGGACAAUGUGUUGAUAAAAGUGAUUGUGGUGUGUGUGACAUUGGCUUGGAGCUCAUGGGCUGCCUAUCCAUUCAUGAGCACUGCAGUCAACCCAAGAAGGAAGGCUCUCGCCCUUUACCCUGUUUUUCUCAUGUAUGUAUCCGUUGGUUUCCUUAUCAUCGCCAUUAAUUAAUGCAACAAACCCAUCUAUAUUGCCGAGAUUUCCUUAAGCAAUUGAAACUCACUUGCAGUACAUAGGAAUUUUAUAUGGUUGAUUUUUUUUUUCUUCUCAUGCUACUAUAUCUCUUUUUGACCUUAUUUUCAACUAAACAUGUUAUGGAGACUCAAAUGUUAUACUGGUAAAAAACUUUGGUGUAUUUCUAUACUUUUUACAUGGUGUCGUUUUUGUACCGAGUUAGUAAUACUUUUCUCAACAUGGAAUUGGGUCUUUGAUGUUAUGAAAUCCUAUUUCUAAGA